AUGUCGACCUUGACUUUGGCUGCUUUACUCACUCUCGUGACCAGCACACUGGCGCGUACUGUGACGGUGUCCAAUCACUGUCCCUUCAUUGUGUGGCCUGCGAUGUUUACAGGGACUGGAACGCUUCCAUCCUAUUCUACAGGGUGGGAAGCUGCCCCUGAUACAUCUGUGACCUUCUCUGUCCCUGACAACUGGCAAGCAGGCAGGAUUUGGGGGCGCCGUGACUGCGACUUUAGCACUAACCCAGGUCCGAACUCGUGCCUCGACGGUGGAUGCAACGGCGGCUUAGAAUGUGAUUCAAACACCGGUAGCGGCGUACCACCUGCCACUCUCGCGGAGUUUAGCCUUAACCAGAACAGCGGCUUGGACUAUUAUGAUGUGUCUCUUGUUGAUGGCUAUAAUUUGCCAAUUAGCAUUACCAACAACGUUGGUUGCCCGGUCACAAACUGCCCGGUUGAUCUCGGACCAAACUGUCCCGCGCCUCUUAUAGGCCCCUUCGAUUCGACAGGAUUUCCUGUUGGCUGUAAGAGCGCUUGCGAGGCGAACCUUGACGGAGACCCGUCCAACUCGCCCAACUGCUGUACGGGACAGUACGACACUCUCCAAACUUGUCCCUCUUCUGGUGUCACGUAUUACAGCUAUUUCAAGUCGAACUGUCCAAAUGCGUAUUGUUAUGCCUUUGAUGACAGCACUGCGUUGUUUACCUGCCCUGCAAGCAACAACGCAGAAUAUACGGUCACUUUUUGCCCCUGA